UCCAAUUUUCGUCAAGAUAUAGAAGGAGUGCUAAAAAGGCAUCAAAAUGGCCGAUUUUACGCAGAUUAACCCUCAGAACAAUGCCCUUCAGCGUGCAAAUAAAGCUAUUAAUCAGUGCAUAAGCAGGGAUGAAAAUUACCCGGAAAUGGGGGAUAUUUUAACACAGGGUUAUUCAUCGGAAUAUAAUAUGCCUUUAUGGUUUUUUUGGAAGCCAUUUUCCCGGAUUUCAGUUAUGAAUAUACCAGAUGUCAUUUUUGAGCAGUAUAAUAGGACGGAAUGUUAUACACAGAUGGGACUUUUCCCGGAGAUCCAGAGGGCGUGGAUUACGGUGGAUAAUAGGCUGUAUUUAUGGAAUUAUUUAAGUGGAGAAGAGUUUCAAUCGUAUGAGGAUUUAGAUCAGACUAUUAUAUGUAUUAAAUUGGUGAAGCCCAGACCGGGUGUUUUUAUUGAUUCAAUAAGAUUUUUGCUUGUUAUUUCUACGCUAAAUGAUAUUUUUUUGUUGGGGGUGGAGCAAUUGUCCUCCAAGACAUCAGAAAGUGCGGGAGAACUUGUUUUUUAUUCUACAAAAAUUUCAGUUUCUGUUACAGGUAUUGAUGUAUCGUGUAUAGAAAGCACAUCGGAUGGUCGUAUUUUUUUUUCUGGCAAACAAGAUGAUAAUAUUUAUGAAAUUUUGUAUCAGAUAGAUGAUGGAUGGUUUUCAAAAAGAUGUAGCAAAGUAAAUCAUACAGGGACAUUGAUUGACCGUUUUAUGCCAUAUAUUUCUUGGUUUAAUGUGAAGAAUGAAACUAUUCAACAGCUUGUGAUGGACAAUUCAAGAAAUUUAUUAUAUGCAUUGACGUCAAAAUCAUCUAUUCGUGCAUAUCAUUUAGCGAAUCAACAAAGUCUUAAUCAUGUUAUAAGCUAUUCAUAUCGUUCACUUGUAGCACAUGCUCAAAUGGUAAAUGCUGGUUCUUCUCUUUUAGAUCCACGAACAACAAGUAUUAUUUCAUUGGCACCUGUAUCUCUAAAUGAAUCUAAACAAAUUUAUCUUAUUGCUAUUACAUCUACUGGUUGUAGAUUAUAUUUGAGAGCUUCAAGAACUAAUUGGGCUUCAAAUGGACCUCCAUCUACAAUGACAUGUACGCAUGUUAGAUUUCCACCUGUUGAUUCUGGAAAUAAAAAUGAAAAUUAUAAAGUUCAAACAGGCAAUAUGUCAUAUAAAGUUUUAAAUAACAACACUCUUUUGAAUUCUGCCUCAUCAUUUAUUCUAACUUCUAUUCGAAUUGGUCAUGUUUUUUCUCCUGGUUAUUUUCUGGCAUUUAAAUCAUCUGCAUCUCCAUCUGAAGGCGAUCAACUUUUUACAUCUGCACCAGAUACUGGUAGAAUUCUUUAUGGAACACUUAAUAAUCAAAGAUUAUCAUUAGUUGAAACUGCUAGUUGGAUACCGUUAGAAGGCUAUGUUCAGGCUGUUUCAUUACUUACUCCACCAACAUUUUGUCCCAAUGAAUUAAAGAAUCAGUAUAACAUAGCAUCUCCUCAAAUAGCAGUAUUAACGAAUACUGGCGUACAUAUUAUACAGAGACAAAACAAUUUUCAAAUUCUUUAUUCUAUUAUAAAAUAUGGUUCUUCUACUCCUAUUGGCAUUGAAGAUGAAGUUGAAUCUUUUUUUGAAAUGGUUGGGCAAGCAGAAGGUUGUGCAACAUGUUUAGGUUUGAUUUGUGGAAAAAUGAAUGCUGCAUCUGAGUUUGAUGAAUAUUAUAAUAAUAAAUGUUAUCAAAAUAGAAAUAAUAUAUUGACUGAUUCUGAUAUUGUUGAAAUUGCUCGAAAAUAUUACAUUGAAUUUGGUGGUAAACCAUAUACUAAACAAAUGCAAUAUAAAUUUGGACAAGAAACAUCAGAUUUGGAUAAUGUUCAACUUUCAGGUCGCCAUGAUGGUUUAGUCAUAUAUAUAGCUAGAAACAUUGUCGAGUUAUGGAAAAAGCCAUUCAUAAAGCUUACUAUUAAUAAAAAAUUAUCCAAAAAGAUUUAUUCAAGUAAUAUUUCGUCAUCUACAUUGCUUCGUAUUCGGUCUGAAUUUGUUACAUUACAUGAAUUUCUUGAUAACAACAAGUCAUAUAUAAAGGGACUCGUUGCACCAGAUCAGUUAUCCGGGUUCUUGAGUCGUUCAGAGGAAAUAUCUUUUCAGGCAGAACAUAGAGCUCUUCAUUCUCUAAUUAUCUUAAUACGCAGAAUUAUUGAAGGGUUAUCUUUUGUAUCUGUUCUUAUAGAUGAUACACCAUCGAAGCUUCAUGAUAUAAUUUCAUCACUUUCUGAACAGAGCCAAGAGGACUGUUUAAAACUUACAUUUGAGGACCUUUUUUCAAAGGAAUCAGGAAAAGAAUUGGCAAAAGAUUUAGUUACUGCUAUUGUUAAUCAACAAUUAGCUGCUGGUGGUAGUGUUGAUGCUGUUAGUGAGUCUUUAAGGAAAAAAUGCGGUGAAUUUUGUAGUGCUGAUGAUGCUAUUAUGUAUAAGGCUAUUGAACAAUUGAGACGAACAAAAGAAAAGUUUGAAUUUAGUGAAGAAAAAAAAUUAUCUCUGCAGGAAUGUCUUCGUCUUUUUAUCAAAAUUGCUUCUAAUUUGACAUUGGAAAAUUUGAGCGAAACUGUUCUUGAAUUUAGAGAUCUGUGUUUUCAUACAGGUGCUGUAGAAUUAUGUCUGGCUGUUGCUAAAGCUUUUGAUCCUGAAGAUUUAUCUUUAUCAUAUAUUAUAGACGGACAGCCAUUAAAUGAUUUUCGAGAGUAUUACUAUACUAAACGUAUGAAGUGUUAUUUAUUAAUUUUUGAGACUCUUUUGGAUAUUGAUAAAAUGAUUGAAGAAGUUUCAGAUAAUCAUAGUGCAAAUGUUAAUAUCUUGAGAAAUGAUACAUAUAAAACUGCAUAUUCAUCAAGAGAUGAAUUGUUUCAUUAUUCUUUGUAUGAUUGGUAUGUUGAACAUGGAAUGUUGGAGAGAAUUUUAAAUAUUGAAACUCCUUAUGUUCGAGUAUAUUUGGAAAGAAAAAGUGUUAGUAAUCUUGAUUUAGCAGAUCUUUUAUGGCAAUAUUAUUCUAAAUAUGGCUCAUUUUAUGAAGCUGCACGUAUUUUAUAUGAAUUAUCUCAAAGCAAUUUUCCUAUUACUUUAGCACAAAGAAUGGAAUAUCUUAGUCGUGGUAAAGGUUUAUGUAAUUGUCAUGUUUCUCUAGAAAUUAGACCAAUGAUGAAUAAAUUGGCACAAGAUUUACAGGAAGAGCUUGAUGUUGUUACUAUUCAAGAUGAUAUUAUUCAAUCCAUUCGUGUUGAUGAAAGAUUAACUGUUGAAAAAAAACGUGAAAUGAUAAAAAAUCUUGAUGGAAAAGUUAUUCCUCUUACUGAUCUUUUUAAUAAAUAUGCCGAUCUAUUGGGUUAUGAUGAAAUAUGUUUAUCAAUAUUUCAUGUAUCAGAUUAUAGAGGAAAAACAGAUAUUAUUCAAUGUUGGGAAAAGCUUAUAGCUAAAGAAAGCAAUUCUGCUAUUAAUAAAAAUGUUAAGGUUUAUGAAACUGUUUCAGAUCUUAUUCGAAGAUUAGGCAAAAGAUUUGGAUCUUCUGAAAACGUUUUUCCUCUUGAAGAUCUUAUUCCAAUGUUGGAAAUCUACAAUUUUGAAAGGAGAGAUGACGGUGCUCCUCAGGGCUGGGUUAUAGAAUCGUUUCUUUCUGCUGGUGUUUCUCAUGGUUUAAUUUUCUCUAUUUUGGAUGAAAUAAUAGAUCGUCGCGAGAAUCCAUGGAAUACUAAAUCUGCUUUGAUUUUUUUAAUUCGAGAAGCUUUAUAUUUGAUAACUUUAUGGAUUAAAGCUAAUACUAAAGCUAGUUAUGGACGUAACGAGCAUUCAUUAAUCAAAAGUGAUACUAUUCUUGGUGCUUUAGAAAAGUACUCCGCUUUAGUUUCUAAUAAUAUGAAAUUAAAAGAGUCUAUUACAAGAUUAAUUAAUGAAAUAAAUAAAAUAAUUUAAUUCAUAGUAAAAUUUUGAAGUGCGAAUUAUUUAUAACAGAAGGUAU